AUGUCGAACUUGAAGCGGAUUUCCUUCACUGUCUACGGCACUGUCCAGGGUGUCGGCUUUCGUGACUUCGUGCAACGGAGAGCUGCCAGCUACGGUGUCACCGGCUACGUUAAGAAUACUUCCACAGGCGAGGUCACAGGCGAAGCACAGGGCGACAGAGACUCACUGAAGAAAUUGAAAGCGGAUCUGAACAACGGGCCUAGAGCAGCGCAUGUUGUCAAGCUUGUGACUAAAGACCUAGAUCCUAAAGAAGGCGAAAGUUCAUUCGAUGCCUAG